UUUGUAUCAAUGAGUGUUGUUGUUGCUUGGCGCUUGCUACUAUAAUUUGCCGUUUAAACUUUAAAAUUUAUUUUAAAAUACAAAAUUUCUCUGCUUUCGUUAAUACUUAAUUCAUUUUUUUUUUUUUACUAAUCUAUAGUAAAUACUAAUGAAAUACAUUAUUGAUACUAGUACCUUAAUGUUAUAGUAUUAACGUACUAUAGUAUUUAGCGGUAUUAAAUAUUUUCGAUUAUAUUUAUUACAUAUACGCGAUUCAAUGUUUUGAUCUUCAAAUAACUAAUGGCAAAUAAUCCUGUAGACGAAUUAUCUCAAAGAGAAGAAAAAAAACAUGUGUUCAAAGACACAACUUUUGACAACACCAAAACUAACAAUGGAAAAAAAAAAUUGUGGCGUUCAUUAAAGCAAAUAACAGCUCAAGAAAGAAGUUUACCUUGGCCUGACAACUCGAUUAGUUAUAGCAGUAUUUCUGCUCCCCCGUCAUUCAAACCAGCCAAAAAAUAUUCAGAUAUUAGUGGAUUAAUUGCCAAAUAUAAAGAUCCCCAAACAUCUUUAUACUAUGCCGGACAUGAAGAAUUCAGUACCGUAAGAAAUCUGCCUAGUGAUAUUAUUACUGGAUAUCUGACUUUACGAGGAUCAUAUAAUCCUAUUGGAUAAUAUUAUUACAGUUGAUAUGAUACUUUAACUUAAAAUAAGACUUAUAAAUAAAAUUAAUAAAUAUAUAGGUAACCGUAAAAUGUGUAUUACCAUAUUGAAUCAUUAAAUAAUAAUGAACUUUAUAAAUCAA